ACCUGUCCCUAUUCACAUUGUUUCCGACGACGAUAUGGACAUGUUCCUAGCUAUGCGGGUAGACAUCAACGAAAUGAAGCUGUACGUUGUCCCUAUGCCGGUGAACAUGACACUGGAAAUAGAUGGGUUCAAAGUGGUGCCUCUGAUGGACGAGUUCGCGCUGUAUGAAGUGAUGAGUAAGGAGGAGCUGGAGAAAGAAAGAAAGCGCCGUCUUGACAGAGAAGCCGGCGACAACAUCAUCUGCUCGCAAGUUCCCAGGGAAGACGUGGGGGACAGCAAUGAUGGACCCCUUGGAUGGAUAGGGAAUUCGUACGCAAGUAGCGGGUUCGCUACACUUUCAGCGGCUUUGAGGCAUUACAAGACCUUGACAGAGGCUCCACAAACCCGUGGGUCACCCGUCUGUGUACUAGAACCUGAGGGAAGCUCGUCUUCCGACAAUAACAGGGUCACACGACUAACCAGAAACCUGUUCUCAGAUUUUGAAAGAGCCGACAGAUCUAGUGGAGAUAUCGGCGAGAACUCGGUACAAGGGAACGACCAGACGACUCAAGUAGAGGCAUCAGAACAAAUCAAUGCAUCUGUAGCUUACGGACCUGUCGGAGAUGUAGGCGCCGACUCUGGACAACAGGACGUCCAAGCGACUCAAGAAUAUGCAGCAGAACGCAUCAAUGAGGACAACCGUACAGAUGCCCCGAUUCACAGAAUGUUAAGGAUGCUAAGCCUUCCUGAACACACAUUCGCAAGGGACGCAGCGCCAGUGUUUGAUGACAACGAGCCAUACGGUAAACUAUUAUUUAAAAUUUUCAAUUAUUUGCAUGUUAUAAAUAGCUGUCUAUUAUAAAACAUAAACCGCUAUUAAAUGAUUUAAAAUGGUAACUGUUUUAAUAGGUUCAGAGAGGACAAGGCUUGUCGUGCUGGAUGUCGACUACGAAGGAGACGAGCUGUUUGUGGGACGUGUAUUCAAGAAUCGAGACGAUUGCAAAGUUAAAAUAGCAGUCCACG